AUGAAGCUCUCCGGUCGGCUCUGCUUUGCUGCCGUCUCCCUUUUUUGGGGAGUUUUAGGCGAUUGCCUCACCGUCAACACCACAAACGGCCUGAUCACUGGCCACCCGGCCCCAUUUGCUUCCGGCGUCAAGGAAUUCCUCGGAAUCCCAUACGCAAAAGCCCCGGUCGGCCAGCUGCGAUUCAAGCCUCCCCAGAGGUACGUGGGCAACGAGCCAUAUGUCGCCUCGAACUUUGGAGCUGACUGCGUAUUCACGCCAUCCAAAUUGGUCGCCUUCCCGGAUGCAACCCCGAAUUUCGCUGAGAUUUUUACCUCCUUUACCGGAGGACGCGGCAACCCCCAAAGCGAAGAUUGCUUGACACUAAACAUAUGGACAAAAUGCCUCAACAACGCAAAGAGGCCCGUACUUGUCUUCUUCUAUGGAGGAAGAUUCACGACUGGAGACACCAACACCCCAUUCUACAACGGCCAGUUCUUCUCAGCCGCUGAAGAUGUUAUCGUAGUCACCGUGAACUACCGUGUUAGCAUCUUUGGAUUUCCCGGCGCCCCCGGUCAAACUCAGAACUUGGGUUUGAGAGACCAGCGCCUUGCAGUCGAGUGGCUCCGAGACAAUGUGAAGGCUUUUGGCGGAGACCCUAAGAGAAUCACUAUCUUUGGUCAGUCUUCUGGCAGUCUCUCUGUGGAUGCUUAUGCCUUCGCAUACACGCAAGACCCCAUUGUUGCGGGUCUGAUUGAACAUUCGGGGACCAUCUUCAGCUUUGCUCUGAACUCAAGGGAGCUUGCAACGAAGCAUUGGUAUAACGCUUCUGCCCUUGUUGGAUGCGGAUCGGAAGGAGAUGUGCUCCCUUGCAUGAUGAGUAAGAGCGCAGUCGAGCUCAAGGCUGCUGCUGCUUCGGUUAAACCGCCACCAAAUACCAGCGUCGCGCGGUCUCAGCCAGUGUUCCAGCCUGUUCCAGACGGCGAUAUCGUUUUUGAUGACUACCACUCCCUGGCCUCUCAGGGCAAAUUUGCUCGUGUACCCAUGAUUGUUGGCCACACGGACCAGGAAUCGUCCUUUUACAACAUCUCUGCAUGGGCCAGAGGCAGCGUGCUCACCGACGCAGAAUGGGCGCAGUUCGUUACCGACGUCUUCAAUUGCCCGUCGAUGGAGGAGGCGGAUUACAGAAACAACUAUCACGUUCCUGUCUGGAGAUAUCGCUACUUCGCUGAUUGGGAUAAUACUCGACUCUUUCCCAACAGCGCUGCAUAUCACGGUGUUGAUCUCCAUAUGAUUUUCGGCAACUCGCAGGGUGUCACUGGAGAUCCUGAGUCCCCUGCACAGACUCAACUGAAGAAGACCAUGCAAAAAGCUUGGGCCACUUUCGCCGCGAAUCCUUGGACCGGACUAAGGGACCUAGGGUGGCCUAUGUACCGGAAGAACGCCAAUACCUUGAUCCGCCUGGGCUACAAUAAUAACCCUGUUCCAUCUUUCAUCAACCCGGCGACCUACGACGCCGACUGUGCUGUGGUGUAAUUGUGGAUAUCGCAUAUCACUACAGAAUAGUUACCUAUUAUCUUAUCAUUCCAGUAAUACCAAUUUUAAUCAUAUUUUUGAUGAACCAUAUUUGCUGAGUGGCUCCCCAUGCCAGUGAAAACCAAAGUUCACUAUUGCGCCGCUAAAUUCCAUAACCAGUUCAUCCAGCUUAUCACCAUAAGUUGCUUGCGACAGGACUAGCCAUAGCCGGCGCGAACGAUGAUCUACAAUAGGCAAGGAUCAAAACAUCAUCUGAUGGGCCCAGGGAUUGCAUAGAAAGCCCUCAAUGUUUGUGACAAGACUGUGAUUAUACAUGUCUCCUUGGAGCAAACAGUUAAUGCACCAAGCAUUGCUGAUUCAAGGGCUGAUUAGUAGACCAUAGCUUUCUCUGAUGGAACAAUAUAGAUAUCUAACUAACGGUGCCAUAGUAUUGGGCAACAGGCGCCCAUCAUUAUCCACGUCCACACUCAUCCCCAAGACCAUCGAGCAGAGCAGACAGAGGACGGGCUUCUUCACGAAACCAGCGACACAGUCGUCCCAAGGCACAAAGUUCUCUUCCACCUUGGCCAUGACAACCUGUCAAACUGUGUGGUAGUUCAUCAAUCGAAAACUCAAAAAUGAGUAGUGAGCCAAAAUCAGUGACUUGUUCGGGGUGGCAAUGCCUCAUUCAUGGGUUGAGAUUUCAGGGUCUCAUCUGGAUAUCCUCUCCUGCCUCGGAGACCCCGCACAGGACAUAAAGUGCUUUCGCAGAUGGAUUUCAUGUAAUAAGCAGCCUAAUCCGCUCCGGGGGCCUCUGAGAAAGCUGGCAGACGCGAGCAAAAACAUUCAAUUGAGAUCAAAAGUUUAAUGCGCACAUGGGAGGAGACUUGAUUCCCCAUGUCACCAACCAGUUGCUUUGUUUUCCAGAAAUCACCUAUUUAGCUAAAUCUUUCUUGUGACACUGGCUAUAGGUGUCUGAGUCACACAGUUGCUCCUGAGGCUCUUGCAAAAAUGUCAUAAUUAGGAAGACCAAUUCCUCGCUUUAUCUGAUGAACGCCUUGGGGCGCUUCCAAGGCACCAUGCGGCGUACUGUCUUCGCUUUCUU